AUGUUUGAGAGUACCAUGUUUGUGGAACCGCGGGAGCAACAAGAGGUUGAGCGCCUUCGGGAAAAGAACCGGGUCGCUAAACGGCUUUCCAGAGCGAGACAAAAGCAGCUCGAGGCAACAGAGACUACUUCUCCAAGAGCUCCAGAGCUGCAGGAAUCGUCAGAAAACGGACACUUGCGUCGUUCUUCAGGCUCAAACGGCCUCACAGGCGAGACUGCUCAAAGGAAAUCACACAUCACACCCAUAUUGGGCUCUAUUUACGAUAACUCGGAUCUCGUCGGUCAUGUAGCCACAAGUGCUGAUGAUGAUUUGGCCCGUUUUGGCGACACCGGCACAGUUCCCGUGCUUCACCACAUGACGGUAGAUGAGCUGUCCUUCACCACAGGACAUAACCACAUCAGUCUUUCCGACAGUUUACAGCAGUACUCCAUGAAUACGCCGCCUUUUAACUCCUUGUCUCCAUACCAUCAAUCCUUCUCUUCUCCAAGCGACUCAUCUACAAUGCCGUCCUCAAGUUCGAUGCCUGAUAUCACCCAGACCCGAGGCUUAGAUGAGAAAAGUACUUCUAAACUCCUUCACAUUGCUAUUCGGAAUGGCACGGUGGGGAUCGCCUCGUCCUUGAUCAAGGCUGGUGCAAACGUAAACUCGGUGGACUCCUCGGGCUCCUCUCCCCUGCAUUUGGCCGUUGAGCAACGGCGACUAGACGUCCUAGAGCUGCUGAUAAACUACGGAGCGAACAUCAAUGCUCGGAACUCUGAGCAGAUGACGCCGCUAGAGAUGGCGGUACGGGCACAGGACAAGCAAAAUGUGGACGUUCUUUUGUCGAAAGGAGCUCAAAUAUAUUGA